AUGGGCGUGGAGAAGCAUAUAGUUCAGCCAUUUUUCAAGUCAUUCACGACGAACAAACUCGUGUUCCAUGUUAUCACUUUCUUCAUUGGUUUGUCAAUUGGUAUUCUCAUCGCUUUACAGCUUAAAAGCUUCCCACUACUACUUUCUCAAGCCUCCUCUUUGGUCUAUACUACUUCUUCUCCACCCGUUCCGCCGUUGUUAUCGCCACCGCAUCUGUUACCGUCGUCGUCGUCUUCGACGAAUGAAAGCACAUCGUAUGGCUCUAACGUUACGGUUUCGUUGGAACAACGUCAGUCUUUGAUUCCGCCAUCGCCACCACCACCAUUGUCAUCGCCGCCACAUCUGUUGUCAUCGCCGCCACAUCCGUUGUCAUCGUCGUCAUCUUUGACGAAUGGAAGAACAUCGUCCGGCUCUAACGUUACGGUUUCGUUGGAACAACGUGAGUCUUUGAUGCACAAUAUGAGUGACGAAGUGUUGUUGUUGAGAGCAUCCAGGGUUUCGGGAAUGCAAGAAUAUUAUCGUCCGAAGGUUGCUUUCAUGUUCUUGGCGAGUGGUCCACUUCCCUUGGCUCCGUUGUGGGAAAAGUUCUUUAAGGGAAACGAAGGCUUUUACACGAUCUAUGUUCAUUCACAUCCUGAUUACAAUGUAACAAUCCCUCAAACUUCAGUCUUCUAUGGCCGAAGAAUUCCGAGCCAGCCGGUGUAUUGGGGGACUGCAUCGAUGAUAGAUGCAGAGAGACGACUACUUGCAAAUGCACUUCUUGAUGUAUCAAAUCAAAGAUUUAUUCUCCUAUCAGACUCAUGCAUUCCGCUCUUCAACUUCAACAUAACAUAUGACUACCUCAUCACCUCAAACCUAAGCUUCUUGAGCGUAUACGAUGAUCCCAGGAAACCCGGCCGUGGUCGAUACAAUCCCCAAAUGUCGCCUGCGAUUAAUCUCACCGAUUGGCGAAAAGGAUCUCAAUGGUUUGAAAUGCACCGCGAGAUGGCCCUUCACGUCGUCUCCGACCAAAAGUAUUAUUCGAUUUUCCGAGAGCACUGUCACCCACCUUGCUAUAGCGAUGAACAUUACAUACCUACGUUGGUGAACAUGUUUUACGUAGGAUCGACCUCGAAUCGGAGCAUUACGUGGGUUGACUGGUCGAGAGGAGGGCCUCAUCCGAGGAAAUUCGGUUCUCCCGAUGUCAACGAGGAGCUUUUGAAUCGAACUCGAAAUGGAUCGGAAUGUAUUUACAAUGGGAAUACGACUUCAAUGUGCUUCCUGUUUGCUAGGAAGUUUUCACCGGGCACCUUGAAGCCCUUGCUGCGGCUCCUUGAUUUUGAUAAGUGAACAACUUGUUUUUGCUCCAAGUUUU